CGAACUUGAAGUUAUCAUUAUGUGUGUUUGAGGCACUAGGUGUGAUAUCAAUAUUCGUUUAAUUUGUGUUAGUGCUGAAUUAGCAAAUUGUUGAAAUGGAUAAUCAACUCACAAGUGAUAAAACGUAUGAGAAAUUCACAUGGACGAUCAAGAAUUUCUCUAAAUUGAAAACAAAGAAGCUGUACUCUGAGAAUUUCGUCAUCGGUGGCCAUCCAUGGCGGAUUCUUAUCUUUCCAAAGGGCAACAAUACUAGCUACUUGUCAAUUUAUUUGGAUGCUGGAGGGGAUCUAUCUAAUUUGCCAAAUGACUGGAGCAGAGUUGAAAAGUUCAAGCUGAGCCUUAUUAAUCAAGUUAAUGGCAAAAUGACAAUAACUAAAGAAUAUGAACACCAGUUCAAUGCAAGAGAGUCUGAUUGGGGUAGCACGAUGUUCAUAACUUUAGUUGAACUUUAUGACCCUAGUAAUGGCUUUAUCGUGAAUGAUACUUGCAUUUUUGAAGCUGAGAUAGCUGUCACAAAGCCGAAACAUGUGAAUCAGCUCGCAGAUCAAGUAGUUAAUACCCCUAAGGUUGGAUUAAAUUCCUAAAUAUACUUGUUAUGCUUGUUAUGCUUGGAGAGGCAGUAGCAAAAUAAAUACUUGUUAAUGCCUAAAGAGGCCGUGGUAAAAUAAUACUUGUUUUGCCUGGAGAGGUUGUGGCAAAAAGAAUACUCAACAAUAUCUGAAGAGGCAUGAAUAAUAAUACUUGUAUGGAGAAGUCCUUGACACUUACAUAGUGAAAUCUUGGUAUAGCCAAUGACUGCAUGUAGGCCUAUCAUUCUGGGGGUGAACCAGGAUAAACUGGUGGUGUCUCUUGAUUCUUUCUCUAUACUCUUUUAUCCGUUGCACCAAACGAUCCCAACGAAGACAACAAAAUUUUCAAUCGUUUGGAAAACCAAGAUUUUGGAUGGCACAAUUCAAACCCCCCUUUCUUUUGCUACUUCUGAUUAUCUCAUGUUAGAGCCUGAACAGGAUGGGGCAAAAGAUUACUCAACAGCCUGGAGAGGUUGAUGUGAAUAAUACUAGAAGCUGGGAAAAAGAAUACUGAAUAGCUUGGAACGAUUGGAUCAAAGAACACUUAUGGGAAUUCAUUCUAAUACUUGAAAAAGAGAAGUCCUUUGAACACUUAUUCUAAUGAAAAACUUGGUUGUGGCCAAGGAUGAGAGAUAGCCCGCACUGGGUGAAACAAGACAAAUUUUAAUGUGCUCAUAUCCUUUUUACCUUCUUGCAAUUUAAUCAUCAUAACCAUCCGCUACAAUCACUCAUGAAGAUUUGCAAGAAGAAUUUUAAGUUGUCAACCAUUAAGGAUUAACACCAAAACAGUUCAACCCCUGAUCUUGUGGUGGUAAUGUUAGUAAUUGAAACUGAAGCAAGAAAAUUGUUAGUCAUGACCCUAUUAUCGAUCAUAAAUAGUUUUUUUUUUUAGAAAACUAAAUAUAAUAUAUAGAUAAAAGAGAAAUGCUAAAGGAAGCAAGUACAGGAACAAGAAAGGGACUUAUGACAGAUCCCCCAAUAACAACUAAACAACAGAAAUUAGAAACUAGAAACUAAAGGAACAACACCAGUACAAAAAGAAAGAAACAGAACAGCUCCAAGAGGAAGCAAAGGCAAGAAGCAGGGGCCACUAAGCUGCACAAACACGUCUGCCACCAGCCAGAAGAAAAUGCCAGAAGAAGGAGUAACACAUGAACAGCAGCCAGCUAUGACAAAACUCCUAGUUCGAUUCCAGAAUACGAGAUCUGAGUUCCAGAAACGGAGUGGUAAGAUCACAGCCCUGUUUUGCUAAGGUGUCAGCAACUGUAUUGGCUUCAUGGAAAAUAUAAAAGACACCAAUACAAUCCACUUCCAUCAUGAGACGAUCAAUCAAGUUAUAGAAAGGUAUAUAACCCUGUUUUUCUUUUGUUUCGUGUUACAGAGAGAUCGAUGGGUAGUGCAUGUAGACUGGUGAAAUUUUCACCCUUUCUGAGGUUUAGGGAAGAAGACAUUCAUUUUAUGCUCUGGGAUUUCUCUGUUUCUUGCUAAGAUGGUUUUUAGAGGUUCUACGUUCAGGGGAUUUGGGUUUAACACCCCACCCAUGAGGCUUUCCACCCCACUUUUAUUAAAAA